AUGGCAGUCCCGUCCGUAAACGAGCUCGAUGGUUUGCUCUCAUCUUUGAACCAGCUGAAGCCUCCCGGAGCCAGCAAAACGAAAAUCUCGACCAUCACCGCAAUCUGCGUCCAGAACAUCAAGGCCAAGGCGGCAAAACAGGACUUGCACGUCGAAGGAAGAGGAGAACCAGGCACAUACCCCGCCGCAGUAAAACGAGUCACCGAACUCAUGCCGGCUCUUUUUGACGACAUCAUGAAGGGCGUCCCGGAAGACCAGAAG